CGAGCCUCUCUUGCCUGUGUUCCCCAUCCCCCAAGGAAGAAGACCCUCCUGGUGAAUAACAUCUUCGUGGUGGCUGCAGCGGUCCUGUUUGGCUUCAGCCGCAGAGCAGGCUCCUUCGAGAUGAUCAUGCUGGGAAGGCUGCUCAUGGGAGUCAGUGCAGGUGUGAGCAUGAACGUCCAGCCCAUGUACCUGGGGGAGAGCGCCCCCAAGGAGCUCCGAGGAGCCGUGGCCAUCACCUCAGCCAUCUUCACCGCCCUGGGGAUCGUGAUGGGUCAGGUGGUCGGGCUCAGGGAGCUCCUGGGGGGCCCGCAGGCCUGGCCCCUGCUGCUGGCCAGCUGCCUGGUGCCCGGGGUACUCCAGCUGGCGUCCCUGCCCCGUUCCCUGAGAGCCCGCGCUACCACCUUACUGACCGUGGAGACACCGAGGCCUGCCUGGCAGUUACAGUCUCCCCUGCAGCCUCAGCGCUGGCAGAGGCACCCAAGCCCUGAGAACUUCCCUGCGUCUCUGGACAAGGGAGCAGGUCAAGAGACCCCGGGGGUCUGA